AUGGCGGGCUCCGGUGGGUCCUACUGGUCCACGCUUAGUCAGGAUCCGUCGUGGGCGUGGCUGAGUCGCGAGGAUUCUCGACCAGUGCAGGGAACCGAAGAUGAGACUCAGUUGGGCGCUUCUUUGACAGGUGCAUGUCGCAUCCAAAACAGCAAGCUCUCUCUCCAGUUUUGCCGCAUCUGCCAUCCACGGGCUCAAGCAAAGGUUUACAUCCGAGGCUCUAAAGAGGUCCCGGUUUGCCACUGA